GCAGCUCCCUAUUUGCGGAGAGUGACUCGGCCCCAGAAGCAGGCGCUGCUAUUUUGGCCGGCGGAUAAUCAGCCGAGCAAAAAUAGGAGAUGGCUCCAGGACGGUGCGUAGGGAGAGAGCGUUCUGGAAGGGGCACACCCCUGGGGAGAGCAGGAUAAAACCCCGCGUCCCGGCGGCAGCCCAGCACCGCUCCAGCCCUGCGAACAGCAGCAGCCGCAGCACCCGCAGAGAUGCUUUGCCGCCUGCACUUCAUGCCGCCCACCUCCGGGUCUCUGUUCCCGUGGCUGGGACCCGUCCGCACCCUCUGGCCGCACCCAGGGACCCUCUUCGCUGAGCUGGAGAGGGAGAUACGGAUGGAGAUGGAGAGAGCUCGGCAGUUCAUGAGCAGCUUCGAGCAGCUCCUGAGCAGCGGGAGCAGCUCCAACCGCGUCAGCAUCGAGCGGGCACCGAGCAGCAACGCGGCUCUGACCCAGGGCUCCGGGGAGGGAUUCUCCGUCUGCCAGGACGUGAAGGACUUCGCCCCCGAGCAGCUGUCGGUGAAGGUGGUGGGCAGGAAGGUGGUGCUGGUGGGGCAGAAGGAGACGCAGAACACGGACGACAAGGGCUCCUUCUCCUACAAGUACGAGGUGCUGAAGCGCGAGUGGGACGUGCCCGAGGAGGUGGACGCCGAGGCGCUGACCUGCUCCCUGUCCAGCGAGGGGCAGCUGCGUAUCGAGGCCCCCCGGCUGGCCCUGCCGCCACCCAACGAGAGGAACGUGCCCAUCCAGCUGCCGGCAGCAGCGGCUCAGCCCGCGGCCAACGCCGAGGAUGGAGCAGAGAGAGCCAAGGCGUGAUGGAGCAGCGCGGGGCCGGGCUGAGCCCGGUGCGGGGGGGGAUCUGUGGCCAAAGCGUGAAGGUUUAUUUUUGAUAUGUAAUAAACUUCCUUGACUUUUACA